GUAAUGCGCAUGCUCGGCUGAAAUCCGGGCAACUGCGUACGGGUUUUAGGAAAAGUGCAUGUGCAGUAGAACCGCUUGAUAGGGAGGAGAAAAAGGAAGAUCGCUGAGUUCUUAGUCGUGGCCUCGGCAGCCUUGGUAUUUGUCUCUUCUAUAGAGGGGAUCUAUCUUAUCCUGUCCACUCCCACCAUGGGGGAUGUCAAGAAUUUCCUGUAUGCCUGGUGUGGCAAGCGGAAAGUCACCCCAGCAUAUGAGAUUCGUGCUGUGGGCAAUAAGAACCGACAAAAAUUCACAUGUGAGGUUCGUGUGACAGGCUUCAACUAUAUUGGUAUGGGCAACUCCACCAACAAGAAAGAUGCCCAGACCAAUGCUGCUAGAGACUUUCUCAAUUACCUUGUUCGGGUGAAUGAAAUCAAGAGUGAAGAAAUUCCAGCUUUCGGAGUAGGAGCUAUGGCUGCUCCUGGAGGAGGCAUUGCUGGAGCAGCAGAAGGUGGAGAUGGAUCUGAUGUUCCUUUGGGAGGCCCUGCUCCUCCUCAUCUGACUCUAAAAGCGGAAGUGGAUGGUGGUCCUCCUCCUGGGAGUGGAAGCUCUGGAUAUGGUGUAGCUCAGUGGGACCGUGGAGCCAAUCUGAAAGAUUACUAUUCCAGGAAGGAGGAGCAAGAGGCCCAUGCAACUUUGGAAUCAGAAGAAGUAGACUUAAAUGCUGGCCUUCAUGGGAACUGGACCUUGGAGAAUGCCAAGGCACGUUUGAAUCAGUUUUUCCAAAAGGAGAAGAUCCAAGGAGAAUACAAAUACACUCAAGUGGGGCCUGAUCACAACAGGAGCUUUAUUGCAGAAAUGACUAUUUAUGUCAAGCAGCUGUCCAGAAGAAUUUUUGCGCGUGAGCAUGGCUCUAACAAAAAGUUGGCAGCACAGUCCUGUGCACUUUCUCUGGUCAGGCAGCUCUAUCACUUGAGCAUCAUUGAGCCCUAUUCUGGGCAGACAAAGAAGAAGGAAGGUGAAUCGGUAGAACCUUAUGAAGUCAACCUCACUUCUGACUUGGAAAAUCAGCUGCAAAGUCUCAUAGAAGAGAUGUGUCUUGAAAUUGUACCACCGCCUUCUGAUCCCAGCUGUCCUGCUGUACUUAACAUAGGGAAGUUGGCCCACUUUGAGCCAUCCCAAAAACAGAAUCAAAUGGGGGUUGUGCCCUGGUCACCCCCUCAAUCCAACUGGAAUCCAUGGACCAGCUGCAAUAUUGAUGAGGGUCCUCUGGCAUAUGCCACACCAGAGCAAAUAAGCAUGGACCUAAAAAACAACCUCACAUAUCAACUGGAAAAUGAUCAGGAGUUGCAGAAAAUUCUUCAAGAGAGGGAUACCCUACCAGUGAAGAAGUUUGAGCGAGAGAUUCUGGAUACCAUCCACCAAAAUUCUGUUGUAAUCAUCCGUGGGGCCACAGGUUGUGGCAAAACUACACAGGUUCCCCAGUACAUUUUGGAUGAAUAUGUCCAUAAUGGAAGAGCUGCUGAAUGCAGCAUUGUUGUGACUCAGCCCAGGAGGAUCAGUGCUGUUUCUGUGGCAGAACGGGUCUCUGCCGAGAGAGGAGAAGAACCUGGAAAUAGCUGUGGCUAUAGUGUCAGAUUUGAAUCCAUGCUUCCCCGACCUCAUGCCAGUGUGAUGUUCUGCACAGUAGGUGUUCUCUUGAGGAAGUUGGAAGCAGGGAUCCGUGGAAUUAGUCACGUUAUUGUGGAUGAGAUCCAUGAGAGAGACAUUAAUACUGACUUCCUGUUGGUGGUUCUGCGUGAUGUUGUUCAGGCCUACCCUGAGAUCAGAGUCAUCCUCAUGUCCGCCACCAUCGAUACCAGCAUGUUCUGUGAAUACUUCUUUAAUUGCCCCAUCAUUGAGGUCUUUGGCAGAACCUUCCCAGUUCAAGAGUAUUUUCUAGAAGAUUGCAUUCAGAUGACUCAUUUCAUUCCUCCACCAAAAGACAAGAAGAAGAAAGAUAAAGAUGAAGAAGGUGGUGAAGAUGAUGAUGCCAAUUGCAACCUUAUCUGUGGUGAUGAAUAUGGCCCAGAAACAAAACGCUGCAUGGCCCAGCUGAAUGAGAAGGAAACCCCCUUUGAGCUAAUUGAGGCCCUGUUGAAGUAUAUUGAGACCCUGAAUGCUCCAGGAGCAGUCCUCAUCUUCUUGCCUGGCUGGAAUCUGAUAUAUACCAUGCAGAAAUAUCUGGAAAUGAAUCCACACUUUGGAAGCCAGCGGUAUAGAGUCCUUCCUCUGCAUUCCCAGAUUCCUCGAGAGGAACAGCGCAAAGUGUUUGAUCCUGUGCCCAAUGGAAUGACCAAGGUAAUUUUAUCCACCAACAUUGCAGAAACUAGCAUUACCAUCAAUGAUGUUGUCUAUGUUAUUGACUCUUGCAAACAAAAGGUGAAACUGUUCACUGCUCACAACAACAUGACCAACUAUGCUACCGUGUGGGCUUCAAAAACUAACCUGGAGCAGCGUAAAGGACGUGCUGGUCGUGUCCGUCCUGGCUUCUGUUUCCAUCUCUGCAGCAGAGCUCGAUUUGAAAGGCUUGAGACUCAUAUGACUCCUGAGAUGUUCCGAACACCACUGCAUGAAAUCGCUUUGAGCAUCAAAUUGCUGAGGCUGGGAGGGAUUGGACAGUUCCUGGCCAAAGCUAUAGAGCCACCCCCUUUGGAUGCAGUGAUUGAAGCAGAGCACACGCUCAGAGAGCUUGAUGCGCUGGACUCCAAUGAUGAACUGACACCUCUUGGGCGAAUUUUAGCUAGACUCCCCAUUGAACCUCGCCUUGGGAAAAUGAUGAUUAUGGGGUGUACUUUCUAUGUGGGAGAUGCUGUAUGUACCAUCUCUGCAGCCACCUGCUUUCCUGAACCUUUCAUCAGUGAGGGGAAGAGGCUGGGCUAUGUCCACAGGAAUUUUGCUGGAAACCGGUUUUCUGACCACGUGGCCCUGCUCUCAGUCUUCCAAGCCUGGGAUGACGCACGAAUGGGCGGAGAAGAUGCAGAAAUACGGUUCUGUGAGCACAAGAGACUCAACAUGGCAACACUCAGAAUGACUUGGGAAGCCAAAGUGCAGUUGAAAGAUAUUCUUGUCAACUCUGGCUUCCCUGAAGAGUGUUUGAUGACCCAAAUAUUUAACAAUACUGGACCAGAUAACAAUCUGGAUGUUGUUAUUUCUUUGCUGGCCUUUGGCUUGUACCCUAAUGUUUGCUACCACAAGGAGAAGAGGAAGAUUUUAACCACUGAGGGGCGCAAUGCCCUCAUUCACAAAUCUUCUGUCAAUUGCCCUUUCAGCAGCCAGGACAUGAAGUACCCUUCUCCAUUCUUUGUUUUUGGAGAAAAGAUCAGGACACGAGCCAUUUCUGCUAAAGCAAUGACCUUAGUGAGCCCUUUGCAGCUGCUUCUGUUUGGCUCAAAGAAAGUCGUGUCUGAUGGAGAGAUUAUUACGUUGGAUGACUGGAUCAAAUUGCAGAUGCCUCACAAUGCAGCUGCCUGUAUCACUGCCUUGCGUGCAGGCAUGGAAGCUCUUGUUGUGGAAGUGACUCAGAAUCCUGAAAUCAUCAGUCAGCUAGACCAGAUGAAUGAACGCAUGCUGAAUAUAAUUCGGCAGAUCUCUAUACCAUUAGCUGCUGGCAUCAACCUUUCAGCAGGCCAUACAAGGUAUGGUGAUGGACCCCGUCCACCCAAAAUGGCUCGAUAUGACAAUGGAGGUGGCUACAGAGGAAGAGGUGGUGGUAGCGGCUAUCGGGGUGGAUAUGGUGGUGGAUACAAUUCUUAUGGUGGUGGCUCUGGGGGAAGGGGAUAUGGAGGAGGUGGCUACCGAGGUGGUGGAGGCUUUAGGCGAUCUGGUGGAGGCUAUCGAGGUUCAGGUGGUGGAUUCCAGGGUGGUGGAAAUCGUGGGGGUGGGUUUAGAGGAGGAUGGGGCGGAAGGGGUGGUUACUGAAGAAACAAGUAGUAAUCCUAGCACAAAGCGAUGCAUGAUUUUGACUACUUCCAUACAUUUGUUUGUAAUAGAAGUGUUCAUAGUCUUGCUGUCCACAACAGUCUGAAGCAUUUUUUUGAAUCCCAUAGUUUAUGUAAAAUAUUCUGAUUGCCACAGUAGUUAUCCAUGAUGUGUUCAUUUUGCUCCUAAUAAAGCAACUUUUUGUUAA